AUGAAACGUGAUAAAAAUGAGUUCUCAAAGGGCAACGCAUCGCGGUCGCGAGGACAAAAGCACCAAAACACGACUGCUUACAAGAACGACAAAUAUGGAGCAAGUGUUCAAGUAAAGAUAGCAAACUCGAAGGUCCACGACGGGUUAUGUCAACGCUGCAAGGAAGUUAUUGAGUGGAAAGUCAAAUACAACAAAUACAAAUCCCUUUCCCAACCUCGAACAUGUGUGAAAUGUUCUCAGAAGACGGUGAAGGAUGCAUAUCACGUCAUUUGUAAAACCUGUGCCCUGAAGCUGGAGCUUUGUGCCAAGUGUGGGAAGAAAGAGGACAUCGUAAUUCCGGUUAACACACAGAAGCAGGGAGAGGAAGAGGAGGAAUACACCAAUCAAAAGAUGACCGGACGUACUCGGAGGAAGGAGGACUUCAAUAAGCUUGAUGAUGACUUUGGUGACUUGGGCAGUGAUGAUGAUGAUGACUUUGCCAGUGACUCGGGUCCUGAGAAGGCAGGAAGCGGCAAGGCCCUUGUCCCUAAUGUGGCACAUGUUACUUUCAAAGACUAAAGACUGCUAAACCAGGAUGAUCCUAAAUGUACCUCCUGUCCAUUUUAUUAAUAUACUUAUCCUCUGAUUAUACAUACUUUUGCUAAGAAGACUCAUCACUAGAUUUAUUCACUCUAAAAUACAAUAGCCUACUUGUGUUGGUACGUUAAAUGGACAAACCCCACUUUCAAUAAACUGUUUUGUAGUAAAUCCUA